CCGGAAUCUCCCCUGUAGCUAGUGUAAAAUCCGUAGUAAACAGAGAGCUCUUGUCUGACUAGUACCCCUCCGCAAGCGCUCACUCGGCACUCAAGUAUUAAACUGGAUGGAGUUUGGAAGGCGGUACACACUGGAAAAUGUUUUGGACUGGAGCUAUGGAGGUGUCGAUGGCUCGAUUCCUGGCAAUGGUGGGCCAGACUGCGCAAAUUUCCUUACAAUUCAUCGUAGGCUAUUUGAAACCCUCUUAGGGAUUGCAAUACCAGUAGUAUACUUCUUCUGGGGUUAUUCGUAUAUAACAUAUCCCUCCUCAUAUAAGUUUGUUAGAAAAGACCGAGGGGGCAAGAGAGCUCUCCUGGUGCUGGUUUCCAUGGUGUUUGGAAUGGAAAUUGGUUUCAAGUUUGCAACGAAACAGCUUAUAUACCUGUUGAACCCAUGUCAUGUAACCACUGCUAUACAGAUUUACCUUCUAGCUGCUCCACCUAGCAAGUUUGUAACUACAGUAUUUCGAGUUCAUCUCAACUUCCUUAAUGGGGCUGUCCUUGCUAUACUAUUUCCAGUCACCAACUCUCGCCUGCUCCCGUUUGAGGUGGAGUUGUACUGGGUGCAACACUUAAUGAUGCUAGUCACACCAUACUAUCUACUGCGGCUUGGGGGUGUGUACACGGUGGAGAGCCCUUGGGACAUGAGCUGGACUGUGAUGUCUUUAGGGAUUCUGCUGAUCUAUCACUUUUUGCCUCUGCAGAUCAUAGCCAUGGCUUCUCAGGUAAACUUGAAUAACAUGCUCUGCCCAGCCAUCAGCGAUCCUUUCUAUGGGCCAAACUACCGUCUGGCAGCCAUGGUCCACCAGUCCAUAUGUGUGCCUUUAGUCAGCAAGACUUUCUGCAUUGUGGCCAACUUCUUCAUUACAAAGUUCCCACCCACAAAGGUGAAGGACAACCUGGAAACAGAUGUAACCAUGAGCACCUAUGACCAGCAUGUUUUGAGCCAAGAAGCCGAGAGCAAGCAGCACAAGAACUCUAAUGACCAGAAUGGGCUGAAGCACCACCUGUCCAUACACAGAAGGACUCGUAGUGAAGCAGUCACCGUGACCAACUGGAAUGGACACAGUCAUCAAGAUUAGGAUGAUAGGAGUCUUCUCAGUAGUCAAGUUUGCAUGAAGCUGAUACUCAGGUCUUAUCCAAUGUACUAGAAGACCUUGUCUUGCAGUCUGGUUUUAGUUGGUAAACAGAGGUACACUUAUGAACUUACACACAUGCAUAAACACAUACAGAGACACAAAGGAACACAUGUCUGCAUACAUAUACUGUACGCACAUAUAGACAUACUUAUAUGCAUACAUAGACAACAGGAGCAGUGUAAUUAGUGUCAAUUUUGGUGGUUGAUUAUCUAAAGUUUCAGGCUUUAUAUUCAAGAAUGCAGUGCAGUUGUUUAUAUUUAUUUGUAUUUACAACAUCCAAUUGCUAUGUUUAGCAUUGAUGUUGAUGCAAUUAACUGUCAAGUGACUUACUCUAGAUUGUGCUCAAUUUAGGUGAAUGACUGUUCAUAUCAGGAGAGAGUGUAAUGAGAAAAAUAUAUAUAAUUAACUUAAAUUUGAAUGUUGUAUAUUAGUAUAUUUGUGUAUGUUUUACUCAGGAUUUUUUUUCUUUUUUUUUAAGGCAGAAAGAUUCUUAAUAUAUAGUUCUCCCUUGUGGAGAUUUCUAAAAAUAGAAUUUGUUUCCACAUCAUCCUCUUCACACUCCCUGUCUUUUAUGCUGUUUCAUCACCUACUUGUUUACUUUUUUUCACCCAUUUUAUUUAAUAAUGUCAACCAAAAUGUAAAGCAAUGCAAGACAAAGAGGACUUUUUUAGUGACUUAAGAUGAGUCUGUCACUUAUUUGGUAUUAUUAAUGUUAAAGGGUUUGCUAAUGUGAUGUCUGGGUUUUAUUGCUAUUUUCUGGUAGGCAUACUAGUUUUGCCAUUUUGAAUUGGAAUUUCUCAGGUGAAGUAAACUGAGGCGUGUGACUGAAUGAUAAAAGUGGCAGAGAACUGAAUGAGAAACCGUGUCCUUCAUAUGUCAUAUCUUACCCUUUCUCUCUCCCAAUUUUCCUCUCUCCUGUUUCUGGUAUUUUGAAAAUCAAAAUUAAAUGCAUCAAAAAUGUGGAGAAAAAAGUUAGUAAUUUAAAAUCUGAUAGGUAACUGAUAUACAUCUGCUCUGAAUGAUUUUUUUUUUUAGUUAUUUUAAACUACCUAUUUUUACAAAUUUCAAGAGUUGAAGAGGCCAAGCUAAACAUGAAUGACUCUUAAUGGUUUUAUGUUAGGUAUUUUAGGAAAAUGUACGAAAGGUAAAGAAAAUAGUUUUUUGUUGUUGUUGUUGUUGUUCUGGAAGAAGAAUACAAUAAGUAAAUGAUAUAUGGUCAUGGAAACAGUAACAAAAAGAUAUAAAAGGGACCAUAGAAUUGAGGAAUGCAAUUGAGUGUUAUUAUUUAGGGAAGAAAUGAUGCUGGUGAGAAAGUAAUAUAGUUUAGCCAUUUCCUACCUCUUUUAGAAAUAUGUCAAUGUGAAAAGUGAAAAGAUAAAUGAGUAUAGGUAAGUAACAUUUAUUUUACAUACUUAAAGAAAUUGAAAAAAAUAUUUAAGGCAGGCUUUUACUUAUUAUUUAUUUUUUAAGUUAUGAUGAUAGAUAAAUGAA